AACAACCUGUUGCUUUCCAACACUGAAAGUUAUCGUUGCAAAGAAAUAGAGCCCCUUAAAAGCUCAGAAGCGACAAAAUUGGAUAAAUUUUGAGAUUUUUAUUCUUGAAAAUACAAUACAAAAUGGAGCCUUGCGGAUUAAUAUUAUGCAGCCCUGACUUCAAGGAGUUUCGAAUUAAAUGCACCAACUGUUCGAUCGAGAGUGAUAUUAAAGAUUGGGAGCAGUUUCUCCACCAUGUGACAAACGCACACUUUUGUUGGAAGGAAGAUCCGACAGGAAGUGGCAACCCCGAGGAGCACACAUUUAUUGAGAUAAUUGACUCGGACACAGCGGAAGAUCCAUCAAAUCAGGAUAAAGAUAUUGAGAAUGAUGAUAACUCCUUAAAACUCGAUCAUGCUGUUAAGGAGGAUAUUCCGAUGGAAACGUCUUCAAAUAUUGUCAAAAAAACUAACCGUAAGAUGAAGUCAAAAAGGAAACCCAAGGGAACACUUAUGUCCAGAAUGCAAGUGUCCUUCAUGCGACCCACCUACCGCUUGGAGCAGCUGGUGAUCAUUUAUAGGAUGCAGUCCUGUCUGUGGAACCUCUCAGAGAGAGACUACGUUAACAAAGAAAGGCGUAAAGAGGCCUACGCAACAAUGAUAAGUCACAUGUUCAAAAACGCAAACAUUUCCUUUUCCAACGAUGAGUUGAAGAGAACCAUUAAAAGGCUACACAACCAAUAUGUGUGGAUUGCCAAAAAUAUUGGAGAGAAUAAGCUGCAAGGAUUGGGAUCUCGCUGUUUCGCAAAUUGCGCAUUUCUAAAAGAGCUGCUCGAUGAAUUAUUAAAUGAACCAAAGGGCGAAGACGACGACGAGUUAAAUACAAUCAAGCUGAACUUUCGGGAGGAGAACAUAAUAACCACUACUUUCAUAAGUGCCUAUGCCAAUUAUCCACAAUUGUACAAUACGAUGAUCCUUGAAUACACAUCAUUGGAGAAGCGGGCACAAGCUUACCAGGAAAUGGCCGAAACCCUUCUCCCCUUGACGAUGGCCAACGAGACGGAAGUGUACAUGGCGAUCCAGAGGCUGCAACGCUGGCUGUACGAGACCAACGGUUUCCGUUUGAAGAGUCAGAGAACCUACAACUCACAGGAAUUACGAUAUUUGUCCAUGUGCGAAUUUUUGCCAGCACAUGCGACUUCGCACCCACCGAUGCUAUGCACCUACUGCAGAAAAACCUUGUAUGGCGACUACAACUUCCAGUGUCACUUGUAUCACGAUCACCAGGUGGGCUCCCUGCCCUACCUCUGCUGUUUCUGCUCAAGACGCUUCGGGACUUACCGUCUCCUAGGCCACCACAAAAUAGAGUGCGAAUCGCGUUUCGCAGACAUCUUCAAUGAGCCUGACUAUGAUGCCAUUGCAUGCCUAACAUCACAGUUUUUAUAAAUCCUAUAAUUCUAUAAUUUCGAUUUAAAAGUUUAAAGAUAAACCAUAAUCCUUAUUCAUGUCGCAAAAUUCUAAUGACAAUAUUUUUAUUUUUCAUUUUAAACACCUUAAAGUUUUUUACAUUUUUAUUUAUCAUUUGUA